AUGGCAGAAUUGACCCUUUCACCCGAAGCUGCCGAAAAGACGGGUUACAAUUGUGCCGCUUGUGAGCGACCGGAUCACGCAGAGAAGGAUAUGGUGUUUUGUGACCAAUGUCAAAACUGGUAUCAUUUUGGAUGUGCCGGUGUAACGAAUGCGGUAAAGGACGAUUCAUCGUGGAUAUGCGGCAAGUGCAUGAAAAAUGCCGCUGGUAGUUCCGUGACGUCAGAGUUGGAGCAAGAAUUGAAAAGGCUCGAGGAAGAAAAAAGAGUCCAACAGCUAGCUAUGGAGAAGGAAAGAGUCCUGCAUAAACGGCGCCUGGAGCUGCAGCAGGAAAUGUUUCUGAUGCGAAAAAAACUGGAACAGGAGAAACGCGAAAUGGAGUUAGCCUUCGAAAAAGAGCAGUUGGAGAAGGAAAUCGCUGAGGAAGAAUCGUUCCAGAAGAAAAGUGAGCAGAUGAGAAAGGAGAUGCACGGUAAAUUGAAUAAGCUUAGACAGCAACGGAGCAAGGAUUUCGAUAGUGGUGUGAAAGAAAAAACGGAAGAAGCUGAAGUUCCGUUGGUCACAUCGCCAUCAUUGGAGGAAAUUCCGCCUGUCGACGCGGAAUCCGUAAAAGGUGAUACACAGGAAAAGAUCGAAAGUAAGAAGAACGACGCGGUUUCAAAUGACGUGCGAGAAGCAAAUGAGGACGAUAGUGAAUCCAGCGAAUCAAAUGAGGAUCACGAAUCGGUGACAGUACAAGCUGGUCAAAACAAGCAACAAAGAUGUCGUCGAGGACCUACCAAAGCUCAGCUGUCCGCCAGGCAGUUCCUGUCGAAGAAGUUGCCGGUAUUUUCCGGAAAGUUAGAGGACUGGCCGAUGUUCAUCUGCAGCUACGAAACAUCUAGCGAGGCUUGUGGGUUUUCGAAUGUCGAGAACCUGGCUCGACUACAAGAGUGCUUGAAGGGCCAAGCAUUGGAAGCAGUUCGUAGUAGGCUCCUACUUCCAGACGCAGUUCCACAGAUCAUUGAGACUCUCCGGAUGUUGUACGGUCGCCCGGAGCACCUUCUAAAUAUGCUAUUGGUGAAGGUGAGAAAGGCUCUCCCACCGAGAGCAGAUCGUUUGAUAACGUUCAUCAAUUUCGGGAUGAUUGUCCAGCAGCUUGCAGAUCACCUGGAAGCAACGAAGCUUACUUCUCAUCUUCUGAAUCCCAUGCUGAUUCAGGAGAUUACCGAAAAGUUGCCCGCAAGUACACAACUUGAGUGGGUGCGGUAUAGAAGGAGAGACCGUGUAGUCACGAUUCGAACUUUAGCCAACUUUCUGUCCGAAAUCGUGAAAGACGCCAGCGAGGUGACGUCAUACUGUGAAGCACCUGUAGUUGUAGACCACGCCAAUCGAAAGUCCAGAGGAAAGGAUAAAGAGCACGAAGGUUUCCUCCAUGCCCACUGUGGACAAGAAAACGCCAACAAAACUCAGGCGCCGAGGGUGAGAAAGCCAUGUAUGAUUUGCGACCGUACUGAUCACCGGGUAAGAAAUUGUGUAGCCUUCCGGAACCUCUCCGUACCACAUCGUUUGGAAGCGGUGCGUAAAUGGAAGUUGUGCUCGAUGUGUCUCAAUGAGCAUGGAAAUGCCCGCUGUAAGCUGAAUUUCCGCUGUAAUGUCGGGACCUGUAGAGAGCCUCACCAUCCUUUACUCCACGCGGCAGGCCCGGAAUCGGGAUCGAACUGCAACUUUCAUUCGUUUCAACGCAAGCAAUCGGUGAUUUUUCGAAUGAUUCCGGUCACAUUGCACUGGGGAAAUCAUACAGUGAACACAGUGGCUUUCCUGGACGAGGGGUCGUCCUACACAUUGGUGGAGAAGUCGGUGGCUAGCGCUCUUAGGACGAAUGGUGUAACGCAACCACUUCGUGUGACGUGGACGGCUGGAAUGUCCCGAUUGGAAAGGAACUCGCAGAAAGUAGAACUGUAUAUUUCGGCUCGAGGUUCAAGUCGCCGGUUCCACAUAAAAGCAGCUCAUACCGUGGAUAACUUGAGGCUUCCCCAGUCGACGCUAGCCCUGACGGAAGUAGUCAAGCAGUAUCCCCAUCUUCAAGAUCUAUCCGUGGUGGAUUUCCAACAUACUGUUCCGCAAAUUCUGAUCGGACUGAAAGACGUUCACUUGUGUGCACCGUUAGAAUCACGAAUCGGGAAAGCGGAAGAGCCAAUCGCUGUGCGGUCCAAGCUUGGUUGGACCAUAUUCGGACCUGUAAGCGGUGGUGUUGAGUCGAGCAUCGUUGGUCAUCAUGCGUGCAGCAGUGUUUCGAACGAGGACCUCCACGAUCUGUUGAAGAGCCACUACACGCUAGAAGAGUCUGGCAUUUCGGUUGCGCUGCUACCGGAAAGCGAAGAGGAUAGGAGAGCGAAAGAUAUCCUGACGCAAACGACGGUAAGAGUAGGUGAUCGUUUUGAGACGGGGUUAUUAUGGAGAUAUGAUAGUCCGUGCUUCCCCGACAGCUAUCCUAUGGCUGUGAAAAGGCUCAAGAGUUUAGAGAGACGUUUAUUGAAGGACAAUGAACUGUACGAUAAAGUACGGUGCAUGGUCUCGGAGUACCUAACCAAGGGCUAUGCGCACAAAGCUUCAGAGUUGGAGCUAGCAGACACCAACCAGAGUAAGGUGUGGUAUUUGCCAUUGAACGUGGUUAUUAAUCCGAAGAAACCGGGUAAAGUCCGCCUUGUUUGGGACGCAGCUGCGGCUGUAGCUGGGGUGUCCCUGAAUUCAAAACUCUUGAAGGGUCCCGAUAUGCUGACUGCUCUCCCAGCAGUUAUUUGCAAGUUUCGAGAGAAAAAAGUGGGUUUUGGUGCAGACAUCAAAGAGAUGUAUCAUCAGUUGAAAAUUCGAAAAGAAGAUAAGCAAGCGCAGAGGUUCCUGUUCCGAGAGAAUCCAGCCAGCGCUCCGGAGGUAUUUAUUAUGGACGUUGCUACCUUUGGGGCGACCAGUUCACCUUGCUCCGCCCAGUUUGUGAAGAACAUGAAUGCAAAGGAGUUCGCAGGGCGGUUUCCAGAGGCAGCGAGAGCGAUUCUAGAGAACCAUUACGUCGAUGAUUAUUUCGAUAGCACGGAGACAGUCGAGGAAGCAGUGAAGCUGGCGAAGGAGGUAACGUUUGUUCAUUCAAAGGGCGGCUUCGAGCUUCGAAAUUGGGUCUCUAGUUCAGAGGUGUUCCUGCGAGAAAUGGGGGAGACAAAAGAAAAUCAAUGUGUUCAUUUUAAUCAAGACAAGGAAACAGGGCAAGAAAGGGUCUUGGGAAUAGUGUGGAAUUCAGUAAGCGACGAGUUUACGUUCUCAGCAAGGUUACGUGAAGAUUUGCUGCCGUACCUGAUAGGAGAGAGGCGGCCCACGAAAAGGGGGGUCAUGAGCUGCAUCAUGAGCUUGUUCGAUCCCAUUGGGUUUUUGGCUUCCUUCACUAUUUAUGGAAAAAUGCUUAUUCAAGAUCUUUGGCGCAGUGGAUGUGCCUGGGACCAGCAGAUCAACGACGAGUGUAGCGAGAAAUGGAAUCGUUGGGUCGGUCGGCUUCCAGAAAUCGAAAGAGUGCGGAUCCCUCGUUAUCACUUCACGGGAGGAUUAUCUGUGGACUACAGUACGUUGCAACUACACGUUCUUGUCGAUGCUAGUGAGAAUGCAUAUGGUGCUGUUGCAUAUUUCCGUGUCAUGACUGCUUCUGGUCCUAUUUGUUCGCUUGUGAUGGCACGUUCCAAGGUUGCACCUUUGAAGCAGCUGUCAAUUCCGCGCCUGGAACUACAGGCCGCGGUACUAGGUUCUAGAUUGCUAAAUUCCAUCAUCGAUAACCAUUCCGUAGAGGUGAAACAGCGGUUUAUUUGGACAGAUUCGAGGACAGUACUUUCUUGGAUCCACUCGGAUCAGCGACGCUACAAGCAAUUCGUUGCUUUCCGAAUUGGUGAAAUCCUUAGUCUCACGAAGCUCGAUGAAUGGCGGUGGGUUUCCACUAGAAACAACAUCGCUGACGACCUAACCAAAUGGGAUCGAGGACACAAUCUAAAUUCGAACGGUCCUUGGUUUCGGGGUCCACAUUUCCUGUUCCAUCAGGAAGAUUCCUGGCCAGAACAGAAGCGCGUAACACCGAAUGUGCCUGAAGAGAUACGUGCCCACAUACUGUUCCACGACAUUUCACUGUCAGAACCUGUAAUCGAUCCGUUGCGUUUUUCAAGAUGGAAGGUCUUAGUUCGAACGAUAGCCUGCGUCUACCGGUUUGUUUCGAACUGCAAGCGAAAAAAGGAAGGAUGGGCCAUCGAAGGUGUACCAACGACCGAUGCUCUCAAGAGAAAAGUAAAGGCAAAAAUUGCAUCUACGGUAGUUCCUUUGCAACGAGACGAAUACCAAAAAUCAGAAGCAUAUUUGUGGCGAUUCGCACAAGCGGAAGCAUACGGGGAUGAGGUGAAAACUCUCCAGAAAAAUCUUAAAGUGGGGAACGAGAAACAACGACAGCUGGAAAAAUCGAGCAGUCUAUACAGUCUGAGCCCAUUCUUGGAUGCACAGAACGUUCUUCGGAUGGAAGGGAGAACCGCACAAGCCGUUCAGCUACACAGGGGUGGAUUAUUGUGGUCCAUUGACUGUCUCCGUCGGGCGCAGAUCAGAGAAAAGGUGGAUUUGUUUGUUCACGUGUUUGACGACGAGAGCUAUUCACAUUGA